UCAAUUUUUAGUACCUAAUACUUAAUUAAUUGGGCAAAAAAAAAAUAUUUGUGUAGUUUGGUCGAUGUUAUUGAGAAUAUGCAAACCUUAUAAUCUCACAUGGAUAGCAAAACUUAUAAUAGCACUAGUAUAGGACAACCAAAGGCGCGACAUCAGCACAAGCUUGUAUAACUAUCACAGUAUGAAGCACAAGAGUUUGAGUUAGUAAACUUAAAAAACAUUUUUUUUUGGAAAAACACGACACAACACGAUACGAUAAAAUAAAAUAAAAAUAAUUUAAAUUUGAUUUCAUCACACUAGCCCAAAACGACAAACCUUCUUUUGAAAAACCCUAAAUAAACUUACUCAAAUUACAAAUUUGAUUCAUCUAAUUGAUUCAUGCCCUAAUUGAUGAUGUUGAUUGUUGAGUCCAUAUUGAAAAAGGGGUGUUUUGGGGAGUUUGGGACAUAAAAAAAAAAGUGUCUUUCAUUAAGUGUGAUACUGUGAUUACAAAGAAGCAAGAUUGACUGGUCGAGUGAAUGAACCCCAACUCAAAUAGGCACACAUUCUCUCGUUGGUGAACUCAAUUUACUUUUGCUCCCGCCGCCGCCACUCCUCCGUUGUGCGCCUUUGCCUCUCGUCUGUGUAAAAAUGGAGCAAAGAUUAGCCAAUAGUUGGAAUAUGACUGUGAAUGAGAAGAAUUUUAUUGAGACGGCAUUACUUUCGGAUCUCAGAGUUGAUGGACGCCGCCCUUUUGACUACCGUCGCUUAACCAUAAAAUUUGGCCGAGAAGAUGGUUCUUCUGAGGUGCAGCUUGGCCAGACUCAUGUCAUGGGUUUUGUGACUGCUCAGCUUGUUCAACCUUUUAAAGACAGGCCAAAUGAAGGAUCACUCGCUAUUUAUACCGAGUUUUCUCCUAUGGCUGAUUCCUCAUUUGAGGCAGGCCGCCCUGGAGAAUCUGCUGUGGAAUUGGGACGUAUAAUAGAUCGCGGUUUGAGGGAGAGCAGGGCAAUUGAUACAGAAUCACUUUGUGUCCUUGCUGGCAAAUUAGUGUGGUCCAUUCGUAUUGAUCUUCACAUACUAGAUAAUGGAGGAAAUCUUGUUGAUGCUGCAAAUAUUGCUGCUUUGGCAGCCCUUCUGACGUUCAGGAGGCCAGACUGUACUCUGGGGGGAGAAGAUGGACAAGAAUUAACCGUGCAUCCUCCUGAGGUGCGUGAGCCGCUUCCAUUGAUAGUUCAUCAUCUUCCUAUAGCUGUGACAUUUGCUUUCUUCACUUCUGAUAGUGUUGUGGUGAUAGAUCCUACUCUCUCUGAAGAGGCCAUAAUGAAAGGCAGAAUGACUGUUACGAUAAACACAAAUGGAGAUAUAUGUGCCAUUCAAAAGGGUGGCGGAGUUGGUGUCAUGCACAAUGUUGUUAUGCAGUGCUUACGGGUUGCUUCUGUCAAAUCUGCCGAUAUAACUACCAAGAUUAAGGAAGCUGUUGAAUCAUACAAUACAGAAAAAGCAUAUCGCAAAGUCAAGCGCCACCCAUCUGCUGCCAGGUAAACCGAUGGUAGACAUCCAUCAGAAUUUUUGUUUUAAAACACUACAACAAGAAUAUGGAGUUUCAUCACUGUCAUUUUUCUGGUGAGACAAAUUUUGCCCUGGAAAAUGAGGAAAUUAACGGGGGUCUUUUUCUCACCGGCAUCUCAACUUCUCAUCUACAACAUAGGACUGUACAUGACAUUAGCGAGUGAUACAUUUUAUUAGAAGGAAAGCUUGAUCUUCCGUGUACACCUUCUUCUUGUCGACCUUCCGGCUUCUCUUUUACCCCCGUUUAUCUAGUUUUACUUGUUAGUAGUUUAUUUUUUUGCAAAAAUGGGCCGCUUGGCUUCUUCCCUUCAAGUUUUUUUUUUUUUUUUUUUUUUUUUUUUUUUUUUUUUUUUUUUUUUUUUGACACAACCUUCAAGCUAAUUAUAGCUGUUUAUAUGCACAAAUUUAUGACCAUUGAUCAUCUUGUUAAUUUCCCUUGUUUAAAGUGUUGUGUUUUUUUUUUCUUUUUUUUUGGGGAGAAAAGUGUUGUUCUUUUCGAUUGUAUGUUUUGAGCAUUAAUCGUGAAUAUAUAUGUUCUUAAACGUCAUUGAACUUGAUAACCUAUUUAAAACCUACCAACUUCAACCCCUUUGUAGUUUGAAUACUUCAUUUUACACAAAUAUAUCUUCAUUACAUAUGACAUUAUAAUUGUUCACUUAAUAAUGUAUCUCAAGUACUUUGAAGUUAAAUCUUCUCUCGCUAAUUUAAAAUAGAAAAAGAUUCAAAUAACAAAAUCUUUGAUUUCAACAAUUUCAACAAACUCUACCACCUUUAAAUUUGUUCAAAGGCAAAGGGGAACUCUAUGAGACGAAGAGAAUAAGACCAUCAAAUUGUUACUCUUUCCAUUUCAUAAUAAUUGCAAUAUCUUUUCUUUUAUGUCGGUUUAAUAAUUAUAUUUAAUACUUUUUUUAAAAUUAUUCUAGAUCCACUGCUAUAUUAUUCCUUUAUUUCUCCGAUUAACUCCACCUACACUCUUUCAAAAAAAAAAAAAACCAAAAAAAAUCUACCUACACAAAUAUUGUACAAGUACAAAAUUUCUCUCACACUAACAAUUAAACAUAUCAUCACUAACUACUU